AUGAAGGAGCUGGCGGCCGGAGCGGUUCUCACACAUGUGAAGAAGGGCUCCACCAUUGUGGACACUGGGCACGUGGUGCGCCAAAUGGCCAUCAUCAAGUCGGGCACGGUGGCUGCAGUGGUGGAAUCAGAUCAUCACCACGGGGGGCAUCAGUCGGCAGAAGCGGCGGUGGCCAGCUCCACUAUGGCGGAGCGGAUGCUGCGGAAGCAAAACUUUCUGGCGCAGCUCCAGCGGAAAGAGAAGAGCACGACCACGGCGUCUUUGUUCGUGGGCGGAACGCUGCAGAACCUGAAGCCGGAUCUGCACCCAGGCGGACGGGUGCAGCCGCGCCAGGGAUUUGCGAACAAGAACCGGCGCAGCCACGCCACAGGCGAGUUGGAGCCCAGCUCGCCGCCGGCGGACGAAGUCGCAGAGGGCCCAUCCACAGUGGCGGAGACGACCCUCACGGCUGGCGACAGCUUCGGAGAGUUGUCCAUUCUGGAACGGCUGACAGGAAGACUGCUCGCUCUACAUGAUCGACCGCCGGCACUUCUCAGCUUGCUUCAAUCGGAGAGAGGCAAGCGGUUCAAGGAGUUCAUCGAGUUGCUGGAGGAGGUCCAUAUCCUGUCGCCGCUCCUGUACUCCGAGCGCUUUGAGUUGGCCUGCAACGCCAUAGGCCUGGUGGACUUCCCCCCGGGCGAGCGCGUGCUGAACCAGGGCCUGGUGCGCUCGGCGAAGCUCUGGUACGUCAUCCACUCCGGAGCUGCCGUGGUGAGCUUGGACACCGAGAAGGACGGGAAGAAGGAGAGAAUGAGUUCCUGA